GUUAUUUUCUCUGUUGUAGGAUUCACCAGAUUACACUAAUGUCCAGGAGCUGAAAUAUCUUGACAUGGUCAUAUCAGAAGCUCUGCGCCUCUACCCGCCUGGUUUCAGGUUUGCCCGUGACGUUGACGAGGACUGCAUGGUGAAUGGACAGUUCCUACCCAAGGGAGCCACUCUGGAGAUCCCUGCAGGCUAUCUGCACUAUGAUCCAGAGUACUGGCCCGAGCCAGAGAAGUUCAUCCCUGAGAGAUUCACAGUGGAGGCCAAGGCCAGCAGACACCCGUUUGUGUACCUGCCGUUUGGGGCGGGGCCCCGCAGCUGUGUCGGCAUGAGGCUGGCCCAGCUGGAGAUCAAGAUGGCCCUGGUGCAUGUCUUCAGGAAGUUCAACAUUGUGGCCUGCACAGACACCAAGGUUCCUCUGGAGUUGAAGUCUCACACCACUCUCGGACCCAAGAAUGGCAUCUAUGUGACAAUCACUAAAAGAGAGAUAGAGGGAGAACCAGCGAAUCCCCCUGCAGAAGAAUAGCUCUGUUCUGUAUCUGCUCUCUAGAACGUAGUGUGAUUUCUAUGAAACAGAUACAUUAUCCAUCCAGUGACUGCUUAUUUUAAGGCUAAACAUAAAGUAACAUUAACCUAGCCUGGUCCCAGAUCUGUUUGUGCUGUCUUGCUAACUUCUAUGGUUAUUGUCACACUUUUGGCGCUCCCUUUACAUAAGAGAGUUGGCAAUAAAGCACAAACAGAUCUGAGUCCAGGCUAGCAUUAACCUCUUCUUUAACUUAAACAUCUAAAAGUAUUUGGUUAAAUGUACUUAAGUAUCAAAAGUAAAACAUUUCAAAUUCCUUAUAUUAAGCAAACCAGACGGUACCAUUUUUAUUUUACUUUGAAAAAUUAUGGAUAGACAGGGACACAUUCCAACACGCAGACAUCAUUUACAAAUUAAGCAUGUGUGUUUAGUGAGUCCGCCAGAUCAGAGGCAGUAGGCAUGUCCAUGAAUU